GGAACACGUAGCCCAGACAAGGCCACAACCACUAGUUUUCUUUCUGGUGGGUGCUGCGUGCUGGAGCAGAGUCCCCUCUCCUCCACUCACUCUCUCUCUCUCUCUCUCUCCAUCGCCGGAUUCAGAAUUUCAGAUGAUGGCCAUGGCCGGCCGGCUCCAGGUGCUCUCCAGCCCCACCGCCGCGCCAGUCGCUGCUUCUUCUCCUUGCCAUCAUCAUCGUCGCCUGGCUUGGAGCCGGCGUCCAGAUCCAACAAGAUCAUCAUCAAUAGUAGCAGCCAGCAGCAGUAGCUCCUCGUCGUCGUCGACCAUCAGCAAGGGCAAUAAGGUGGUGACGCUCGAGCUGACGUAUCUGGAGAUCAACAGCUGGGUGUGGGAGGUGCAGCAGCAGGGCCAGGGCCAGAGUUCUCCGAUGCGCAUCCUGGUGGACCCCCUGGUCGUCGGCAACCUCGACUUCGGCGCGCCAUGGCUGUUCGACGGCGCGAAGAAGAACCCCAAGGUGAAGGCCCUGGGCGUGGACGACCUCCUGGCGCUGGAGCCGGGGCUGCUGCUCAUCACGCAGAGCCUGGACGACCACUGCCACGUCCGCACGCUGACGCAGCUGUCCGCCCGGGCGCCGGAGCUGCCGGUGGUGACCACCCCCAACGCGCAGCCGGUGCUCGCCUCCCUGCCCACGCCCUUCCGCCGCGUCACCUACCUCGAGCCCGGCCAGUCCACCGCCGUCAACGCCCAGCUCCGGGUGGUGGCCACCGCAGGCCCCGUGCUGGGCCCGCCGUGGCAGCGCCCCGAGAACGGCUACGUCCUCAUCGCCGGCGCAGAUGACGGUGGCCACGGCCUACUCUACUACGAGCCGCACUGCGUGUACGACGACAGCUCCUUCUUCCUCCCGGACAAGAGGCGGCAGCUGCAGGCGGACGUGGUGAUCACGCCGGUGGUGAAGCAGCUGCUUCCGGCCAACUUCACCCUCGUCUCCGGCCAGGAGGACGCCGUCCGCCUGGCCAGCCUGCUGCGAGCCAGGUACGUGGUCCCCAUGAGCAACGGCGACGUGGACGCCGGCGGACUCCUGGCCGCCGUCAUCUCCAAACAGGGGACGACGCAGUCCUUCGAGGCCAAGCUGUCGGCGGCGCUUCCCGGGCAGGUGCAGGUUCUCCAACCCACGCCCGGCGUGCCGUUGCAACUGGAACUGGACAUCAUACCGCAAAAUCAGUGAGGUUUUAGUACUAGGGACGACACUAGCUGCCUGCUCUGCUAUUGUUCUCUCUGUAUGGAGUACACAUACAACAGCAGCCCUGCCAGUAAAUCGUAACUCAUGUAACUUUUAUUACUCAAUUAUAAUUAACCUCCUGGACAUACAUACACA